UAUCAGUUCUUGCGAACGAUUUCCUGUCAAGCAUCAGUUCCGACUAACUAAUGCCGAUGGAGUUGCAAUAACUCAGCAAAAACAUUUAAAAACUGUUCGAACGACAAAAUGAAAGCUUUGACUGCAUAAAAACGAACUAUUCGAUUCUUAGUCAAUCGGGCAUAUGAUUAUCAUCCAAUAAUGGCAUUAUCACAACAAGAACUGUCAAACACGUUAAAGCAUUUAAAACGAGCACCAGCUCCGAGAGUCCCUGUAGGGUCCGGUGUAGGGUCUGAUCAGGCUGGAGCGAUUAAUUUAAGUGCUAUCAAGCUUAAAAAAACCGGAAAGCGAGAGAGCUUGAUUGAAGAAGACAGUACCGGUAUGGCUUUUAUUCACCAAGAUGGGAAAGAAAACAACCCAGAACAUAAUUCAAUCUUUAAAAAGCACCUAGCAAUGUUCGACCAUCAGGAAGAAGCACCUGAGAAGCAUUCAUCUUUGCCGAGAGUGAUGCCAAAGCCUAAACUUAGAAAUUCCAGUACAGGGUCUGAAGAGGAAAGAGACUUUAAAAAAGCUCGCAGUGAAUCUUUCCCUCGGCCUCAAAGUGGAGAUAGUAGAGAUGAUAAUAGUAAUAUUGUCCAAGGGUCUGGAAUCCCUAAGAUGAAGCCUUUACCAUCGCUAAAGAGUAUAGGAAAGAUACCACCACCUAAACCAACAAAGCCACUUAUCUUGGCUAUGAAGGUACAAAAACAAUACAAAAACCAUAAAGUAAUUAUAGCACCAAAGGUUCAACCUGUAGCUGAAGCAGUAGAAAAUGGAAGAAAAGGAGAUGAAAGCAUUGAGGAAGAAGAAGGAGAAGAUAUAUAUGAUGAUAUUUGCAGUGCAGAGGACACUCCUCAGGUAUCUUAUCGCCCACAGCCUACUCCGCCUACCGAACCAGAACCGAUUGAUGAGGACAUGUAUGAUGAUGUAGAGCAGCUGGCUGAGACAGUUAAGGCUGAGCUUAAGGGUCAAGGUGCAAAGCCACCUCCAGCUCCAAUACGAUCUGAUAUAAUCACGGAAGAUGGGACUUCAUUCCAAGAGGAAAAAGAAUAUGGUGAAGAUCUUUAUGAGGGAGUUGAAGCAUUGAAUGAUGAUGACCAGGCUAAUGACAUUGAAGAGGAAAAUGAAAAUGAAAGAGUCGAACAAACAGAAGUACCACCCCCCUCUGCUCACCUAAGUAAUAAAGAAGAAGACAUCAAGAAGAAAGAAAAGGAAAAGAGAGAAAGAGAGAAAAAGGAAAAAGAAUUACAGAAAAAGAGAGAAAAGGAGGAGCAAAGGAGAAAAAAGGAGGAAGAAAAACAAGAACGAGAAAAAAAGAAGAGAGAAGAGGAAGAGAGACGUAAAAGAGAAAAGUUUGACAAGGACUUGAAAAAAGCGCAUAAGCUCAAAGGUAACGAAGAUAUAAUAGCCAAGGGAACUGCAAAGGAAAGCUUUUCUGGUACUGGAAAGGAGUUACCAUGUUCCAUUGGAACAGUCCUUGAAGUUAUUGUCAAGGAAAAUUGUCCAUCUGGGAAGUGGUUGGUCAGAAAUCCUCAAGGACACUUGGGUUAUGUACCAUCAUCCAUACUAGAGAUUGAGGCUGGGGAUGAAGAAGGUAUGGAAAAUCUGGAUGAGGAUUUAUAUGAGUGUGUGGAUACAUUCAAAAGUCAGGAUCAACCGCCAUCAAAUCCAGUUGAAGAAAUAGAUGAUGUCUAUGAUGACACUUUAAUGGAAGAUGAAGAUCUGUAUGACGACAUCCCAGGUGCAGAUAUGUGAAGCCAGUUUUUGGAUUAUUACAAGGGCAUCAAAUGUAUCACUUAAUGAUAUUAUAUCACUAUUAACUUUCAUUGUCCCAACUCUUAAAAACAUAUUCAAACAUUUCCACAUACAAUUUCAAAAACACUCUGCUGUAUAUCAUAUAAGAGAUGAGGUGGUAAGCUGUGUGGGAUGGGCUCGGAAAUCAUAUAAGAACAUGAGUAAUAGAUAACAAGGCUUGUAAUUUACCUAAGUAUUACUCAUGCUCUUGUAUCAUAUAGGCCAUUUGAAGACAUUCCCAGUAGAGCCCAAGUUGGAAGGCAAAAAAAAAAAAAAAAGAAAUUUAGUUCUUAUCUUUUUAGUUUUGCCCUACAACUUUAGUUCUGCUCUGCUUAUAAAAAUUAAUCAAUUAAGAAGUAGUGUAUAUUUUGAGAAAAAUAUUUCUUGAAAGACAAAUAUUCAUUGAGUUGAUGUUGAGUUGAUUGAUUCUCUCGGACCAUUCAAAAUUGAAACUUUCUAUUGUUUAUAGACAAUGUAUGAAAAAAUUAGGCUAUUACGUACUUUAUCAUUUUGAUAUGCAACCAGUGUAGUUUUUCCCUGCUAGCAGAGUCUCACUUGUUGGCGAUUCUUCUCGCCAAGAACAGCCAACCAGAGUCUCACUUGUUGGCGAUUCUUCUUGCCAAGAACAAGGCAAGUGUAGUUUUUGUAGCCAAUAUGAAAGGAGUUUUGAUGGUCUUGAAAUCAAUAUAUUAUAUUAGCAAUGUGCAUGUACUACCACUACCAGAAUCCAUAGGACAAUUAUUAUUUUUAGUUAGUAAUUAACAUUUUAAAGGUGUGAAUAAAGAAGAAAAUUUGCAAAGGAUUCUGGUAGUGUCGUAAAAUAAAAUCAGCAAGCAAACAGGCUAUCAACAUACGAUUGAUCUCAGACCUUGUUUUGAGAGAAAUAAAUAUAUCUUAUUAGACAUUUUUGGGUGCAGUACGGAUGAAUAUUUUUUAAAUUUGUCAAUUAUUUUGUUGAGCCCAUCAUGGUGAGACUUAAAUACAAAGAUAAGGAAAAAUGACUGCCUGUACUGCACCUUAAAAUAUGCAACAAGUUGUUUAACUUUCAACAAAUAUAAAAAUAAUAAUAAAUAAUAAUAGGAUUUAUUAGCAGUGGCAUUUCCACAAAGUGGCUCAUCAUCCACUGAAUUUCAAUUGGAUUAUUUUUCAAACAUACGUAGGCUUUAAAACUAAUGUUUUUCUUUCAAACUAGUUUUUAAAAACCAUUAUUUCACUGUAAUAUUAUGAAACACACAACUUAAUUACUCGAUUCUGAUUGGACAAGAGGAGUACAAGUACUAUGUAGAUACCCAAUUAAGUUGCUCCAUUUCGUUCCAUGUAUUAUAAACAAAAAAAUUGCACUUAUCUUCUCAUACAAUUCAGAAUUGAUAGACAAUGUUUUGAAUGUCCUCAAAUUGGAAAUGCUUAUUUAAAGCUUAUCCAAUUUUGAAAAAUUUCAAAACAUCACACACCUAUAAUUUCUGAAUUGUGCUCRAAAUCGUGUUAUUUCCUAUACGAAUAACCCAAGGCUUUCUCCUGUAAUAUUUUGUACUCUACUAAGUGUAGUUAGAUGAUAAUAACCAAGCUUCAUAUUCUGAUUUUUUCCCUUAAUUCAAAACAUUUCAACAAAUUAUAUUAGUUUCACCCCCACUGCAAGUUUUAAGUACAGUGUCCAUGAGUGAACACAUUAGAUAUUUUCUAAUACUAUUUUUAUAUGCAUUUUUUGUGUCUAAAUGUAUUUUGAUAGUAAGAGGUGUUGAGCACCAUGAAUAGUACUAUUUCCUACAAGCUAAGGUUUUGUGGUAUUUUGUAGAUUAAACUUUGCAUUUUUAUAGA